CAAAGGUUGCAUUUCCUGUCCGUUUGCAAAGCAGCAAAAAGCGGUUUGGGGAAGUUCCCUCGUCUUUUCGAGAUCACAGACUGCAGCAUUCACCGGUUUGAAACGACUAUACAGUCGGCUGUGGACAGGCGAACCUAUAGAUAUACAAGAAUGGCGACAACAAGUAACAUUCAGGGACCUGAUGAUGCUGGGUGGACGGCAGGAGAGGAUUCUUCCGUGGUUUCCGAAACAGAGGAGAAACGCUACGAAUGUGAGGAGUGCAGCAGGCAGUUUAGUGUACAAGCUCAUCUGAAGACUCAUAUGCAUACUCACACUGGAGAGAAACCCUACAGAUGUGAGGAGUGCGGCAAGCUGUUUAGUCAGCUUGGUAAUUUGAAGAAGCACAUGCGGACUCAUAGUGGGGAAAAACCCUACAGGUGUGAGGAGUGCAGCAGGCAGUUCAGUGAGUCAUGCAAUCUAAAGGCUCACAUGCGCACUCACACAGGGGAGAAACCCUAUAAGUGUGAGGAGUGCAGCAGGCAGUUCAGUCAGCCGGGCCAUCUAAAAAAACACAUGCGGACUCACACAAGAGAGAAGCCCUACAGGUGUGAAGCGUGCAGUAGGCAUUUCAGUCGACUUGACGCUCUGCAAACUCACAUGCGUACUCACACAGGAGAAAAACCCUACAAGUGUGAGGAGUGCAGCAGACAGUUCAGUGAGUCAGGCCAGCUAAAGACUCACAUGCGUACUCACACUGGGGAGAAACCCUACAGGUGUGAGGAGUGCAACAGUCAGUUUAGUCAGCUGGGUGCUCUGAAGACUCACAUGCAGACUCACACAGGGGAGAAACCUUACAAGUGUGAGGAGUGCGGCCGGCAGUUCAGUCAGCUGAGUCAUUUGAAAGAUCACAUGCGGACUCACACAGGUGAGAAACCCUACACGUGUGAGGAGUGCAGCAGGCAGUUCAGUGAACUUGGCGCUCUGCGUACCCACAUGCGCACUCACACAGGAGAGAAACCCUACAGGUGUGAGAAUUGUGGCAAGCAGUUCAGUCAUUAUUCUGCAUUAAAGGUGCACAUGCGCACUCACACAGGUGAGAAACCCUACACGUGUGAGGAGUGCAGCAAGCAGUUUAGUCAGCUGAGUAAUCUGAAGAGGCACAUACGUGCUCACACAGGAAAGAAACCCUACAGGUGUGAGGAGUGCAGCAGACAGUUCAGUCGACUUGGUAAUUUGAAGACUCACAUGCGGACUCACACUGGGGAGAAACCCUACACGUGUGAGGAGUGCAGCAAACAAUUCGCUGCCCAAAGUAAUCUUUAUAAACACAUGAAAUCUCACGAGUAGGAACGGUUAAUGUUGUGGAGAUGAAAAGUUGUUCAAUCUACUAGUGAACUUAAUAACCUGCUUUAAAAUCACAGAUACAAGUUGGGAGUGAAGUUUAUUUUUUACGCUUGUUUGCAUAGAUCUGUUCUUAAUGUUGUUUGAUACUAGCAUCAGUUAGUGAUACGGCUUUUAUCAUUGAAGGAUAGUGAACUUGUCAUGACACUUAGAGACGUAGCCUUUUCACAUUUUUCAAGUUGAUUUUGUAUCUUAAAGAGGAUAGUUGAUGCUUGGAUUAGAAAAUUGCAAAAAACUCUUCUUCAUUUGUUUUGUAUUUUUUUCAUGUCCUGUAUUUCUACCUGUAAUUAUUUUUCCCAUAUAUUCUUCUUGUAUAUAUAACACGUCUUUAUUGUUGGGUUGAAUACGACAUGAGUAGAACUAGGUAAUACAGUUAACGUAGAAAGUUGGGAAAUUGGCGUUACUUUGAUGUUCCUUUUAGUUUUGUUAAAAAGUUACUACUAACCGUUAAAAGUAGUGUUUGACAAGCUUGUCCUGUUUGCUUACAGAAUCUGUAACUGAGCACGUUAGGUUACAGAUUUAGUAUUUUUUUUAUAUGUUUUUUUUGGUGUAUUCGUUUUUUUUUUCGAUUCAAGUUUGUUGCACUUGAAAUA